UUGUUGCCCAUGUCUAACUCCUCUUGAACUGAGCAGCUUGUUAGGCCAUUUCAGAGGGCAUUUAAGGGACAUCUGCAUUGUUGUGGGUCUGGAGUCACUUGUAGUUUGAUCAGUGGACCUGUGGCUGACAAAAUUGACUUUAAGAAUGGAACAGAGCUGGGAAAGAAGGAGACCAGAGACUUAAAGAAGGACCAUCCCAUUUUUGCUGGAGUUAGUCGUGCGAAUGUCUGCUGCGUUUCCUCUAUGGCUAAUAUUCGAGCCAAGGUGGAUUUGCCGAAUGAAGUGAGCCUUCCCCCUGCCGUCUCUGGGACUGGAGCAGACGGCAGUGGGGUUGGCGAUGGUGAAGACGAUGGUUCGGCUCCAAGUCCGCAGAGUGAAGCGGUCACGAAUGAAUUGCAGGAGCUCACGCUGCAGUCAAGCAAUGGCCUCUCUCCUUUGAACAAGAGAAAAAAUGAGCACUCGGCUCCACCUGGUGCUCCUGAGAUGGGAAGCCAGGCGAGCGAGGUGCGGACUUCUCCACGACUUCGACGCCAAUGCCAUUCUACCUUCAGCCAACAGGAGGAGCGCCUGCUACAGGUACUGCAGCUGAAGCUUCAGCAGCGGCGGACCCGGGAGGAGCUGGCCAGCCAAGGAAUCAUGCCACCUCUGAAGAGUCCUGCUGCAUUUCACGAACAGAGGAGAAGCUUGGAGAGGGCACGGACUGAGGACUAUCUGAAAAGAAAGAUCCGUUCACGUCCGGAGAGAGCAGAGUUGGUCAGGAUGCACAUACUUGAAGAAACUUCGGCAGAGCCCUCCCUCCAAGCCACUCAGAUGAAGCUGAAGCGGGCACGGCUAGCUGACGACCUGAAUGAGAAGAUUGCCCAGCGGCCUGGCCCCAUGGAGUUGGUGGAGAAGAACAUCCUUCCAGUGGACUCCAGCGUAAAAGAGGCCAUCAUAGAUAAUCAUGUGCCGUACUCUGCCUUGGCAGACAAUUCAUCGUUUGAUGAAGACAGCAGUGAUGCCCUUUCACCAGAGCAGCCAGGAAGCCAGGAGUCAUUGGGGUCAUUGCCAUCCCCCACAGAAGCAAGAUCUAUUGAUCCACACCAUCCCCUUCUUACUUGUUCAACCCAGUAUCUUGUAUCAUUGCCAACUGGGACAGAAUUGAGCAAGUCCAAGCCAGCAUCUGACCAACACACAGCAAAAUUGGCAAAUGGUGUGUUGUCCCCAGCUGCCAAACCCAUGCCAACACUUAUUAAACAAAGCCAGCCCAAGACCUUGCGAGACAAGAACCAGAGGAGCAAGAAGCUGAAGGAGCCAAAAUCCCGCGUGAAGAAACUCAAGUACCACCAGUACGUCCCACCAGACCAGAAACUCGACAAGGCUGCCCUGCCCCUGGAUUCGGCCUAUUCCAAACUCCUCCAGCAGCAGCAGCUCUUCCUGCAGCUCCAGAUCCUGUGUCAACAGCAGCAGCACUACAACUACCAGACUAUCCUUCCUGCACCUCCAAAGCCCAACAGUGACAAACAGACCAGCAGCAGUACCGCCUCAGUGAGGACUCUGAGUAAUAGCACACCGUCACCAGGUUCAGGCAGACUCACUCGGCACAACAGCUGCACAGCCAUCAGCAAAGCACCGGGGUCGCUGCCCUCUAACCUCGACGACCUGAAGGUGGCUGAGCUGAAGCAGGAGCUGAAGCUGAGGGCCUUGCCCGUGUCGGGAACGAAAACCGACCUCAUCGAGCGUCUGAAGAACUAUCAGGAACUGAACAAAGCUGGCGGGACUCUAGCCACCACGGUGUCUGCCGUGACCAAGACCGGCCCCACCCCUUCGAAACCUGCGGAGGGAAUGGCCUUCCCAUCUGUCCGUCUCGGCAGCAUCCCAGCGGCGGUUACCAGUGCCACUCCUGGGGAUGUAGCCAACACCAUGGUGACAGCGAAGUUGGGCAGCUCCGGUUCCAGCCCUCCAGUGUCACCUGCCCCCUCUGACCACUCGCUGCACAGCCUGGAGGAGAGCACAACUCCCGAGGUGGUCACCGAAUCUCUCCAGUCGUCGCCCAUGCGGCCAUUUGGCAUCGAGGAGCCAGCUCCUAUCAACGGCAUGACAGGCAUCGCCAGGUUGGUGCCCAGCAGCAUCCAGGGCCACUGCCAAGAGUCGGACAAAGACGCUCAAGCCGCGACUAAGGAUCUGAUGUUGCAGGAGAAGGACAAGCAGAUCGAGGAGCUGACCAGGAUGCUCAGGCAGAAGCAGCAGCUGGUGGAAGCACUCCGGCUGCAACUCGACCAGGAGAAGAGAACCCAGCUCCAACAGCCGCCCCUCAGCGUGGCCUUGACUGUGCCGGGCAACCAGAAACCUACUCCCACCGCCGUCAAGCAGGAGAACCUGCCCUCCAGUUGCCUGUUUUCGGGGCAGUCUGUGCCCUCGAACCCAGCGAAACCUGUCCCGCUUCUCAACCACGUCAAACCCCCCGGGAGCAACCCGAGCCCCAUCGAUGCUCCAGGGGCGUCAAACCUCGUGCCAGUGAAGGCCGUGGUGGUGAAGCAGGAGGGUCUAGUGGGCACCUGCAAGCAGCAGCAGCCCUCACCCACGCCGGCUGUUCUGCUGAGCCCGGUGCAGCCAAACCAGGUGACCACGGGGGCACCACGGACCGUGGCACCGAGCCAAGCUCCGAGUCUGCUAGCAAACGGAGUGGGUACCCACAUUCUCCUCACGGUGACUCCACAAAACAACAACGUGGGUCAUGUGUCUCCUGCUGUCAGUGCGGCCAAGGGUCCACCAGCAAUACAGGCAGUGCCAUCCCCUCCUUCCCAAGGAGAGGCACAGCAACCAUCACCUAACAGCCAGCCGAAGCAGCAGCUGGAGGCAGGAGUGAUGAACCAGGCUGUGAAAAAGGACCAGAAGUUAGGUCUGCAGCUGAUCACGGGGACAUCCGGGGUGCUUUCCUACUCCUUUACACCCCUGAACGUGCAGCCUUGCUUUGUAAACAGUGUAACUGAGGGCUCACUAAAAGCCAGGACAAACGCUGUGAGUAACGGCCCCAGCUCCACGCACAAGGAAAACUCCAGAAGCCAACAAAUGGAUGAUUUGUUUGAUAUCCUCAUUGAAAGUGGAGAAAUUUCGCUCAACGCCAAGGACAUUUCCACAUCUUUAAAUACGCCGUCUCCCCAGAACGUCUCGCCCACGCUGGCCGUCUCUUCGCCGCCGCCAGUGGCCAAAGCACAGCUGCCGUCACCUCAGUUGCUGCUGGAACCUGUCACCGACAGUCAGCCCAUUGACCACGAGAACCGGCUCGAGGACUUCCUCGUGAGCACCACCGGCGUGCCGCUGUUAUCGGUGGAUAACGACGGGACGGAGCCCCUCUCCCUCAUCGAUGACCUACACAACCAAAUGCUGAGCAGCUCCAGUAUUCUCGAGCACCCUCAUUCUCCCAUGGACACUUCAGACAUGCACUUCACGGCAGACAGCACCAGCCUGGCUCUGGACCUCACUGACACUAACCUGGACAACAUGGAGUGGCUCGACCUGACGAUGGGCAGCACUCCUGUGGGUCUUGCUCCUUUGAGCUCCGUAGCCCCCAGUGUCUUUUCUACUGACUUUCUAGACAGUCAAGACCUGCAGCUGCACUGGGAUUAACAUCAAACAGCCAGAACGUGGAGGGCGAUUUGUUUGCGAAAUCCCCAGGUCCGUGUGGGCCUUCAGUGCAUGGGACCUGAUCAGAUUCACUUCCAAGUGUGCGCUUUUCGCGGUCACUUUAAUUGACCGGGAAAUACACGUGCGCUGGGAACGCAGGACCCUUGGCUAAACAUCAGAGGAUUUUCGCUGUUUCAGAGUUGCAGGCAAGAAUGGGCUGGAGCUCAUGACUCGACUCUGGGCCUGACCAUCUCUGCUGGGAAUCUACAACUGGACAAGAUUCCCAACUCUGAGCCUGCCCGCUGAUUGACCUGGGCAGCGUGGGUUUCUUUGACCUUCACAAGGCUCAAGAGCUUGGUCCUAAUGAAGCAGGAUCACCCUCUCAGCGCCUACCCACUAUUUGGUUUCUACGUUGCCAAGGUUGUGUUUUUGCACUGAUUGGGGAGGGUGGGUAUGUUUUUUUUAGAAAAAAGAAAUAAAUUAAUACAAAAAACCCAAAGGUACACUAAGUGAGCAGGUAUCAAAAUUAACUGACCCCUCCCCUUUCAUCCCAAACACCAAGCUGUUCAGGCCAAGUCCAAUGGGUGUUGCCUGCACCCGGGACAGGUAUCUUGGUCCUCCCCAUGUUCUCUUGUACUUCGCAAAGCGAGUAACCACAGUAUCAUGACUUGUCAAGAAAUAGUUCCCUUUUGUUUUAUCCUGAGGUGGGAGGUAGACUUUAUCCCCAGGGGACAGCUGCUCACAAUCAUUGUACCACUUAUUCUGGAGUCACACUCGGAGCUGUUUCAUCGGACUGAGGGACGUGGGCUCUCGUGCUCUGCCCAACAUCAGCGACAGCUUUCCCCAUCGAUUCUGAAAACGCAGAGCCUAAAAUACAAACCCCUCGAGGCUACAAAAUGAAACAAGUUAGGGUGCAAUCCUGUUGGGUGGAUGUGACACGUUGACCUACCGAGAAGUGAAUCCACCAAGUCCCUGAGUUGUGCGGGGGAGGUGGCAUGAGCCUGUUCUCCUGGUCUUUGUAGCACUGAUGGCAAAUCAGCACUUCAGGCCAUGCGCCACUCAAGUGCAGACAGUGCUCAACCGAUAAAUAGCUACCACUGCCAACUGGGGUCUUGGAGCCUGGUGCAUGUUCUCUGGGUCUUCUGGUUGCAGAGUUAGGAAGGAGGAGGGGUUGUCUGCCCAGAUUUCACUCCCCCACAGACUGAAGCAACACGGCCUAUGUGGGAAAGUCGUCCACCACCUGCCCACCUUGCCUUUCAGAGUGGGGGAACAGUUAUUGUCACCCAGUGUAGUAUUUCUCAAAUGAAGGAGGAUACAGCAGGAGGGGGAGGAGGAUUCUUGAACCUUGCCAGCCAAUCCAAGGAUCUCUUUUAAAUCUGUAAAGUUACAAUCAUUUAGAAUGUAAAAUGAUUGCACGAUGUAAAACGUGCAGUUUAAUCAUAUCUGUGUAUAGGUCACAUCGCUGACGAGCAUGGCACUGGUGUACAAGCUUUGCUUGUCACUUCAUACCUUGGUUAUGAGCAUCAAACGAUAUAAUCUAUCCGGCCUGCUCAAAUGCUUCAAGCUUUCUGGUAUCCGAGCUUGGAAUGAUUCUCCAGUUUGUCACCCGCACAUGAAGCAUUUGCUUGCGAGCCCUUGGCCAAGCUGAUGCAUUUCCCUCUCUCACCAGGUGUCCCUCCUGGCUGAGAAAUGGAUGGUAAUUAGCUUUGGAGCUGGGGAAGUGUGUGUGUGGGGGGGUUACGUCUUCUGGGCAUGGACACUAAGCUGAAGGAGACUCUUAGAUCAUGAACCCUUGGAGAGUUGGACGUGGUGAUGGAGAUUUGAAAAUCAAUUGAAUGAAAAUUGUCUUGAAAGUCUGGUUUUAAAGUCUAGUUAGAUCGAUCAUUGAUUGCUGUCAACAUUGCGGCAAAUUUUUUUUGGAAAAAAGAAUACACAGCCACCAAUUCUCACUGUGGGUCUUGUGGUCGUAAGCAGUAUUGCAAAUUAGUGGCCAACGUACUCUUCGCAGUAGCCAAAGUUGAAGUUACUGUGGCCAUUACCUAGCCGGAAGGAAAGUGAUUGGGUGUUGCUGCUUUAGUCACCAGCAUUGUCUUGUUUCCCUCGAGCACUGGCUGGGUUGUUGUUUUGUGGUCAAGGUUGAGGGAAAGGAACAAUUGUACUGUCCAGGUCUUGUCGUCCUCCUGUGCUGAAUCCAAGAGCAAUCCUAUCUGAAACAGGGCAAGAUCAUUCUGAGAUGUGAAGUGGGAUGUCAAGUGUUGACAGUUUGUGUUAUUCUUCCAAACUGAGAUGCAGGGGAUCCUUCUCUAAAUGUUGUCAGUGUGUCAACUGGAGCAGGAGGAGUUUGGGUUACUGUUGAAAGUUCCUAAUGUCACUCGUCCCUAAAACCUUUAUGAUGUUGGGAAUGAAUCUUGCAUUGAAAGGUGCAAUACACCAGUUAAAUUCUUCAACAUCCCCGAACAAGAGCUCAGUUGUUUUAGUGCGCCUCAUUGUAUUUUCUCAUCAAAUUUGUCAUGCGUGCUAUUUAGUGCUGGAAAGGCCGGCUCUCAAAUACUAAGGGUUUCAGACUCUUUUCCCUGAAAAAUCCUUGUUCCUGAUCUACACAAAGCAAAGGACCUUUUUAAUAUCUGCAUGCUGAGUCGUUUUCACUGCACUGCUUUCCCCCCCUCACCGCCGGGUUACUUGGCCAGGAAUGUCAAUGAUCUGCACAGAAAUGAAUAAUUUUCUGGGAUUGGCAGAUUGUCUUUGGCAGGAAGAACCCUUUGGAAUGCAGAGCUCUGAGCCAUUAGGGAGUAACGGGGGUUUGAGGGUUUCCAAACCAUUUAGCUGCUACCUGACAUCCCUGCCCACAGCCAAGUCCUCUGACGAGCCAAAGAAUCUCCGACCCAUCCCACACCAAGUAUUGAUAGCAGGUUAUAGCAGCGGAUGCUGGAAAUCAGAAAUACAAUGAGAAAGUGCUGGUGAACCUCAGCAGGUCUGGCAGCUUUGAUGAAGACAGAAGCAGAGUUAACGUUUUGAGUCAGUUAUGACUCUUCAGUUCUGAAGAAUAAUCAACUUCAUCUUGAAAGGUUACCUGUGCAUCUCUCUCGACGGAUACUGAAUACUACUGCCUGCGUUGGAUCAAUAUUAGUGGCAAUCCUAUUAAUGUUUUGUAAUUGUUGACUCUUGGUAAUCCAUUGAUUUUAAGUGUUGAAUCCUAUUAAAGCCCAUUAAUACAGUCAGGUAGCCAGCAAUAAUAUGAAGCAAGAUUGUAUUGAUUCAGUUGUCCAAUCAUGGUCUGCAACCUUCAGUGGCACCAAUCAAAAUUAUGGCAACUCAGUACCAGUGCUCAAUGUUUUUAACUUGUAACUGUUUGGGGUUUGUGGAUCACUGUGCAAUAUUUGGUGCCUUCAUUGGGAUGCACGGGUUUGUUACCAUCACUGGGUUUUAGCUGCUUGAGGAACCAAAAAAAAGGUCACAUUGCAAUCUGAGACAAUCCAAGGCCAGUAGCCUUCGCCUGAUGGUAAAGCUGUCGCUGCUAUUCUAGUCGCAGGCUCGUGACUCCUGGGGGCCAGGAUGUAAAUGAAACACAAACAGGAAUGCAGUUCCGAAGGCCCUUGGAAUGGGGAAGCUCUGGUCAGGGGGUGGUGGCUGUGAAGCUGAAGGCACUGCAUUCCCCAGGCCAGUGAGGGGAGUAUCAUUGGUUUCCUCCUCUUUUAUGUCCUGCACAUCAGCUUAUGGAAGACACUAUAUGCAGAAUGCAAGGCAGGAUACACUAAUUUGGAUGCGUUCUGCUCUUUCUCCUUACAUAUAUGUCUUUCUGCUUCAUUCACUUGACCCAUCCCCAACCCUGUGCCCAUGCACCCCUGAACUGCUGUCUGAAUCUUAAUGCUUACACUGCCAUGAGUUUGAAUGUGAAAUAGAGUUGUGUUGCAGAGUUAGAAUGCCAGACUGCACUCUUGUACAAUUCUGAUAAUCUUUCACUGCAUCUUUGGUGGCUCUGCCUUUAGCUACCUUGAUCCAAAAUUCUGGACUCCCUCCCUAAACCUUCUUCCUGUCCUCCCUCCUUUUGAGGCACUCUUUAAAACCUACCUCUUUGACCAAACUACCACUAUUGUUCGAAUAUCUCUUCUAUGUUGGUCAGUAUCUUUGUAAACUGCUCCUGUAAAGCACCUUGGGAUAUUUUACGUGUCCAGACUGUCAACAAUAGAGUUUCUACUCAUUAAGCUAAGGUCCUGUGGCGCAGUUGUAGUGCCCCUAUUUCUGAGCAAGGAGGCCCCAGUUCAAGUCCCACCUGCUCCAGCGACGUGCAGUGCAGAAAUUCAGGAAGGCUCCUCAGACAGCACGUUCCAAAUCCGUGCCCACUCCCAGCUCAUGGGACAAGAGUAGCUGAUACAUCCACCUUCUGCAAGUUCUUCUUGAAGCCUCUCCCCAUCCUAACUUGGAAAUGUCUCUCAGUUUCUUCAGUGUCACUGGGUCAAAAUCCUGCCAUUCCUCCACAGCAGUGUGGGUGGGUCUGCCUACAUCAGAUGAGCUGUAGUAGUUCAUAAAGGCAACUCACCACCAGUUUCGCAAAGCUAGCUAGGAAUAGGCAACAAAUAUUGGUCCACACGCCCUCAUUUAAAACAAAAGAUGUUUGUCAUUUCUGACAUCUGAAAUGGUCAGGCAAAAACUAGGCUCAAGAGCAAUUAGGGAACAGAUAACAAAUGCUGGACUUUCCCGUGGCUCCAGCAUCCCGUGAAAGAAAUGAGACCAUACACUGACCUACUGGACAUCAAUCUGUAGAUCCCGAUGCCAUACUGAGACCAGAGAGACAGACAUUCACUGAAGAUGAGGAUGUGGGCAAUGAGGAGACAUUGUGGAUCCUCAUCAAAUCUGAUGUUCUUAAAUCUGUCACAAAAGUGGAAUAUAAACCAGGAGAAGAGAUGCGAGCUUAUCUCUAAAUCCUUAAAUAAAUCAUGGUGUAAGAAUUGAUGUAGAUUGGAUAAAAAUAAGUAAAAUCAUGGUGGAGCGAGGCACUUCUUUAAAUACACACCGUUUAAUAUUUUUAUUAUAUAUUCUUGGCUGCCUGUUGAGUGGUUGGUUUUGUGACACCGCAUUGAUCAGUUGGGGUGCUUUGAAGCGAUAAAACUGGAUUUGCUGUACGUGCCGUUUGUGUGCAUGAGCACAGGCAGUGUCCAGAGGAGCUGCUGGGAUCUCAGCACUUCCAUCUGCCCUCUGAGAGUUGCUGUUGAGUGGUCCAGUUAUAACCACUCGCUCUCUCUCAGCAGCAGCAGUGGUAGAAUAGGCAGGAUCACUCUGGAGUCUGGGCUGGGGGAAGUGGAGGCCCCUUUGUGUAAAUCUAUAAAGAAAAUGCAAAAAUUGAUCUACUUGAACAAUGGGCUCUGACCCACACAAUGCUCUUUUGGGAAAAAUACACGAGUUCAUCCAGACCAGGGUGGAAAGUGUCUGGUUCAAUCCCAGGCUUCCGAACAGGUAGAUGAUGCUAAAUUGGCCUUUGCAUGGGAAUCAUGGCUGGGGGAGGGGCCUGAAUGUUGACUGUUUUCAAAGUGUAUCACUGAUUUAUAUAACACAAGUUGUUGGGUGGCUUUUCAGGUUCAUAUUCUCCACAGGUUCCACAGCCUGACCCAGGCUGGGUGGAUUAAUUGGGAGGGACACUGAAAUACCUGGUCCCAGUGCUUGUAGCAAACAACUUUCCUUUCAUUACUCCAUCCCAUAAUUCUAGAUAGGAACCUGCUUUUUCUGCAAAUUUCCAUGUGGCAAAUCACUAGCGGCUAAAACUGGAGUAAUGUUGUCUUUGUUGUAAUGAGUCCUUUGUUGUUACUUGCAGGAAAGACAUGAUUUAAUGUAUCAUGGAGGGCACCUUGUUACGGUUGAAUGGGCUAGUUACAUGGUAUGUCUAAUGUUCCCUGACUGAAAUCUUGCUUUGGCAUUCUUGAUGCCAUUGAAAACUGAUGGCUGCACACUCGCAUGUGUACCAUGUCCAGCCCAUGUAUCCUGUACACACUCAGGGCUGAUCAGUUACUGAUUCAUAUCCCUUCUGUUCUCUGGGCAGUGUUAGCUUGGGUUUGUGGACAAAUUGUAAGCUGACCGUGUCCGUUACCUUCACUGUCCCCCUCGGGGCACAUGAUAAGAAUGAACUAGUGUAACCGUCCCACUCUUGACUUCUGUGGAGAGAGGUGGGAGAUGAAAAAUCAAGGAGGGAAAAUGUGUUCAACCCUGCCAUGGCAGAGAAACAACAGCAUGCAAGAGAGGCGACAGUGUCCUGUGGUUGGGUGAAUGCCUGUAUCGAGGAAGCAGUUGGAAUCACAGGCCACAGGAAUCCAGUGAUCCAGUCAAGGUUCCAGUGUGAGAAGGUUUUUGUUCUGUUCAUGUUUUGCCUUUUAAUUUAUCUUGCACUCUAAUCAUCAAACACCCUUCCUUUGCAGUUGGGGUGGAGACCAGCAAUAGACACCUGUAUGGAUGAUGAGACCAAGCUCUCCAACCCCCCACCCCCCCCCCCCCCCCCAAAAAUGGCCCAGCCGAGCUACAGCAGCCAGGGGCAUAUCUUUGUGUACUCGCAGGAUCACUCUGGAGAGUGGCCAGAGACUUGGUCCCAGAGUGGGAAAGAGAGGACUGUAGAUGUUGCAGGUCAAAGUCAAAAAGUGUGGUGCUGGAAAAGCACAGCUGGCCUUGCAGCAUCCGAGGAGCAGGAGAGUCAACGUUU